UUCCAGGCUCACCCCUCCCCCUCCUCAGUCCAGUCUUCUGAUGAGGGUUAUCCCGUGAGUCAGAUGUCAACGCCACAAUCAGUGUACCCUGCACCAAUCGAUCUCUCUCGAGAACGGCGCGUUGGCUAACUCGGUCGCGGGCCCAUUACCUACCGGUAGUAGUCAGCCACCCAGGCCCGCCUUCCCCAAAGUCUCCGAGAAGCAGACCCAGUCGGGGCGACUAUUGUUGAGGUAGUCACGCCUUACUCCGUAGGUCAGUGGCAUGGGCCCUUUUCCUCUCUCUCGGUUUCACAUUCUCUCAACUGCAGUGGUCGCCUUCAAGAAAGUUUCGGCGAUUGUCGAUCAACACCGCAGCUCUCUGUCUGUUUCCCAGAUUAAUGCCGAACCAAACAGGGUCCUUCCCUUUUUCGCCGCUUGGCACUGGGACACACCGUGGACGGUUUGCUGCAAGUCUCCUAAAGCUUCUGGCCCACUGCGAAUAAUCGGCAAUCUGUUCCUCGUGUCGAUGCAAUCUCUUGGAUUUCUUCAGAAUAGGUAGACUGAAGCGUGGGGAAGGGGAGGAAAAACAUUUCAUGCGGCCAAGCCGGCAAAUGUUCUGAUAUGACAGGAGCCGUCCUGACAAUUAUUCGUUGUUGCAGCUGCGCAGAACGGAGCAGCACACUGCAGUAACUGACAGUGGCCGUAAAGUCCUUAG